UAGAUUUUAGAGGACAAAAACUCCGACCAUUCCCCGAAAUGUUCCCACGUUGAAACAUGGUCAAGGAAUAUCGAUGCGCCAUGCAUUAAUCCAAGAAGCCGAAGCGGGCGCCCUUGAGGUCUGACGCGGCUGCGAGAACGUCGAUCAUGGAGCACCCUACGGAUCACUCUCUGCAGAAGAACGCCUCCGCCACGGUUGGCGGUUCUACAGGUCAUUCAACGGAGUAUGCACCAUACCCUAAGAUCGAUCCCGCCGACAUCGAUCCCCCUCCUCCACCGCCGCUGGCGACACGGGGCGAAACUGGUCACGUAGCCACAUCCAUGCCGGCUGAGAGCAAUCCCUACGUCACGCCCUCAUCGGUUCCCUCGUCUUCCAAGAAUACCAUGGAAUCAGUGAAGGAUGUGCUGGGGAAAUGGGGCAAGAAGUUGGGGGAUACAGCGAAGAAGACGGAGGACCUUGCUGGGAACGUCUGGCAGCACUUGAAAACGGGACCUAGCUUUGCUGAUGCUGCUAUGGGGAGAAUAGCUCAAGGAACUAAAAUAAUUGCUGAAGGUGGUUACGAGAAGAUAUUUCGACAAACUUUUGAUUCAAUUCCUGAAGAACAGUUUAAAAAGGCAUACGCAUGUUUCUUGUCAACAUCAGCUGGACCUGUUUUGGGAACCUUGUACCUUUCUACCGCUAAGAUCGCAUUUUGCAGCGAUAACCCUCUUUCUUAUACUGUUGGUGACAAAACUGAAUGGAGCUACUACAAGGUUGUUAUUCCUCUGCGCCAACUGAGAUCAGUCAAUCCUUCAACUAGCCAUGUAAACCCAUCUGAAAAGUAUAUCCAGAUUGUAUCGGUUGAUAACCAUGAGUUUUGGUUCAUGGGAUUUUUGUACUAUGAUAAUGCUGUGAAGCACUUACAGGAAGCUUUGAAUGUUCCCGGCAACUUUCAGCCUUAGUUGCAGAAAUCCCUUAAUAGAUAUUGGAUUUGGAUUAAAUGGGGAGGGAUUAUGAUGCGUUUCUUCACUGUAAGGUGUGUGGAUGGUUAAUCAUAUUGUGUAUGCAUUGCAUUUGUUUGAUCAUAGAUAUCUGCAGAUUGCUGUCUUUUACGUGUUGAUAGUGGAAUUAUGCGUUUUACUCCAUUACAAAAUGAUAUUGAGUUCGUGGAUGUUCAAA